UUCUUAAUACUUGAAGCGUCGGGCGGCCGAAGUCGCAGUUAGUCUCAGCACAGCCGCAACGGAGUGUGCACGCGCCUUCAGAGCUAGAGUUGAAAACUGAAAAGUUAUAGCUAAAGUUAUAGAAAAACUGAGCUACAUUUGCCAACAAACCGCCAAGAGCUUCGAGUACCCAACUAGUUUGCAGUGAAUGCGAAAUUUAAUCUUUUUCAAAUACGAAUCAAAGUUGUGGCGGCGAACGGAAAAGCGAAAAGCACACAAACAAGUUGAAAAUUGUCAAUUCAAAAUUGUUGUUCUGCGUUGAAAGUGAUUGAUAACGAAAUCGAACGAUAGCGAAUAUCUAGAAGUCCGAUAAACUUGACAGUAUCGAAAAUAUCGAGAUAAACUGUAAACAGUAAUCGUGAAGUCGAAUUGAACAUUUAACAAUAUCGAAAUAUCCGAAGAGAGAACUGAAAUCGAAAAAACCCAAAAGUGACACUGAUAACCUUCAAACUAAAAAUACACCCAAAGUAGCCCGAGUGAAGACACCAGAAAACCGACGAAACAAAAAACCCAAAAAUAAAACCAAUUGAAUUUCGAUAACAUCAUCUCUCCCACUCACACUUUCGUUAGCCCGGUCAAAAAUGGAUGCGCCCAAGCAGAUGCAGGACUAUUGGCACAUUCCCCGCGCCUCGCUGGCAUCCUCCUCGAGCUCGGCCAUCAGUUCGGCCAGCUCCUCCAAGUCCUCGAACAAAUCGCACUCGAAUCCGCCUACCCUAAACCAGCGCAGUUCGCCCAGUAACAGUAGCAGCAUUAACAAUAACAAUAAUACAAGUGCUGCAGUAACUGCGGCAGCAGCGGCGGCUGUUCUGGCGGCAGCCAAGAGGGGAUCGAGGAGCUCCCAGGGCUCCAGCGACAGUAACAACAGCACGCGGAGCGCUGCUUCCGGCUCACUGCUGUUGACGGCAGCGAAUCUGGAACGCUUUGCGGAGAUCCACAAGAAGCAGGAGCGCCACAACAAGAUGCUGAUGCCCAGCAAUCCCUCCUCGUCAAACUAUAAUGCUAACCUGGCCCUCGGCAGCGGCAAGGAUGCGGUUAUCGCCAUCGAGGGUCAGCAGCCGGCCGACGUCGAUCCCAAUUUGCAGUAUGUGAAAACCAAAGACCUGGAUACCGUAUCCAUCGCUAGCUCCAUGCACUUCACGAUGGUCAAUGGAGAGGGUGGUCCGCCAAAGAAACCGAAGCGUGGUCUAUGCGAUCGCGGACGCCAGGUCACCGUGUUGAUUGUCAGCAUGAGUACCAUCUUCAUGCUGCUCAUCAUGGGCAUGGUCUAUGCGCUGGAGAUGCGCGCCCGCGACAUGCCCAAGAGCUAGGAUUUAAUACCCCUGCCUAGCCAAUUAGCAUAUUAUUUAUUGUAUUGUCUUUGUCCCCCAUUAUUAUUAAUUUUAUUAUUGUUAUCGUGUCGUCUUGGCGCUAGUUGUAUAAGAUAUUUAUUUAAAGAUUGUUUGGAUGGAGUGUCGAGUCAGUCGAAGCUGGGAAAAUUCAUUAGUAUUAAGCGCGCUAUGCUAUGGAGACAGAGAAACAUACAAGAAACUAGAUCUGGAGCGGAUCGGACAAACGCCGUCUGGUAUCGGAUAAUGCUGUACUUUCUGGUUAGCAAAUAAGUUAUUUAUCCCUGUGAUAUGUUUAAUAAAGCGAAUUGUAUAAUUUUA